AUGUACCUACCAAGUUCACAGCUUCCCCUUUCCCUCUUAUCUCCUCCCAUUUUCCCCUCCAAACUUGUUUGUUUUAGUGCUCACAAGCAUGCUUCUCAACCUCCUUUACCAAGGCUUUUCAAUCAAGGGUGCAAGCUGGUUGGAUGUGGUUCAGCUGUGCCAACUCUUGAGAUUACUAAUGAUGAUCUUGCAAAAAUAGUUGAUACUUCAGAUGAAUGGAUAAAUGCUCGCACCGGGAUUCGUAAGCGAAGAAUUCUUUCCGGUGGAGAAAACUUGACAUCUUUAUCAAUAGAGGCAGCAAGAAAAGCUCUUGAGAUGGCAAAGCUUGAUCCUAAUGAUGUUGACUUAAUCUUGGUGUGUUCAUCUACUUCAGAUGAUCUUUUUGGCACUGGUCCUCAGAUUUCAAAACAGCUUGGUUGCAAAACAAAUCCAGCAGCUUAUAACAUUACAGCUGCAUGUAGUGGAUUUAUCUUGGGUUUAAUAUCAGCUGCUGGUCACAUUAGAGGAUCUGGAUUUCAAAAUGUUCUAGUAAUAGGUACUGAUGCUGUUUCGCGAUAUGUCGAUUGGACUGACAGAAGUUCUUGUUUUCUUUUCGGUGAUGCUGCAGGUGCUGUUCUAGUACAGGCUUGCAAUUGCGAGGAAGAUGGUUUAUUUAGUUUUCAUUUGAAUAGUGAUGGUGACGGAUAUAGGCAUUUGAAUGCUGCAUGUAAAGAAGAAGGGGCUAAUAAUAAUAUUGCACAAGAGUUUCCUCCCAAGAAGUAUUCAUAUUCAAGCAUUAAUAUGAAUGGCAAAGAAGUGUUAAAAUUUGUUAUAAGAAAUGUGCCACAGUCAAUUGAAUCAGCACUUGAAAAAGCUGGUAUGUCUGCAUCCAGCAUCGAUUGGUUACUUCUCCAUCAAGCAAAUCAGAGAAUAAUGGAUGCAGUGGCAAACAAAUUAGAAAUUCCAUCAGAAAAAGUGAUAUCAAAUGUUGGAAAUUAUGGGAAUACAAGUGCAGCUUCAAUUCCUUUGGCUUUAGAUGAAUCAGUUAGAAAUGCAAAGAUUAAACAAGGACAAAUUAUUGCAGCUUCUGGCUUUGGUGCUGGUCUUACUUGGGCAACAGCUAUUUUUCAAUGGGGCUGA